AUGGAUUUCAGUGGGCUGAAGAGCGGCAGGAGGCUGGGCGAAGCGUGGCUUAGGGGCUCCCACACGAACACGCGUGCCCUUGGGAGCUACACAACUGUCCCGACGGGGUUUCCGGCGGAGGUGAGGGGCGAGUGUUACCCUUUGAUAAACCCCUUCUGGCACGAGAAUGCAAACAUCACUGAUUCCCACAGACAGCUUUUGUACAUGCAUGGAACAUUUGUCAUCCUGAUGCCCCUCAGCCUGAUGUUGAUGAUUUUUGGAGGAAUGACUGGAUUCAUCAGUAUUCUUGCCAGGGCCCACCUACUGCUUAUAAUGACAGGACUGCUUUUUCUUUUUGGAGCUCUUGUUACGCUCGCUGGGAUCACUGUCUAUAUUGCAUAUUCAGCUGCUGCCUUCGAAGAGGCUGUCUGCCUCCUGAGGAGUAAGGAUCUCCUGGUAGAAGUCGACAUCAGGUUUGGCUGGUCACUGGCACUAGUCUGGGUCUCCUUUGUUGCAGAAGUGCUCACUGGGGUUGUGUUUCUCCUGACAGCAAGAGUUGUGGGUCUGAAGCGGCGACGUGAACAGGCAUUGUGA